AUGUCUCGACAGCCCGACAAUGAUGUGCCGUCAUCAGAGUCGGUCCGCCCUAGCGGCCUCAGCAGUGUGCUCCGGGGACUUACCAGCUCCAAAAGUACACGCUCGCCGCCGCAUAUCCCAUCGCCCGCUGCAGCUCAGCCCAAGACUGAGUUUGUAAAUGCCACCCCCAUACACUCUCGGGGUCUUGCCACAAACCACAUGGACGCCCUCGAGCUUCUGAUUUCGGGUACCCCCGCCGAGCGUAUAUCCGCCGCCGAUACCCUGCGAUACGCAAUUUCCGAAUACCCAUUGAAUCCUGUCCUUGAUAUAUGGUAUGCCGCCAAGGACUUGGUCGACGAGCAGAAGCCACAAGCUGUCCGAAUUGCCGGGUGGGAGCUUUUGACCGAGUGUGUGAAGCACACCUCCUCGACAGAUCUCGAACGGCAAGAAUAUUUCCAGACGAUAACCGCCCCGGCCCACCCCGACGACUUUCAUCUGCAGCUAGCCGCCCUCGUUGAUUUAACCAAUGGCGGCCGCAAAUUGGCAGGCUUUGACUACGAAACCAUUCCGUUAUUGAUAGAGUGGCUUCAUCAAGCUUACAACGCUGCCCGGUUGGCGCGCAAAAAUGCAGCAAGGGGCUCAAAGUCAGCCAAACGAGCAAACGCGUCAGGCGAGGACCAAAAUCUAGCACAGCUCUUUUCUUUUGUUCACGACGUUAUGAAAUUCGGCUACAACACGGCCAGCGAGGCCACCGUGUCUAAGCUUAUCGAUAUGCUGCUCAAUAUCUGCAUGAGCACGAGCGUGGAAGACGAUCUCAAAUCUUGUAUUUCUAUCCUCGAUGUCAUUGUUACAUUUGGAUCUAUUCCCAACGACAAGCUUAAAGAAUGUGUUCAGGUUUUGGGUUCCAUUUUCUGCCUUGUUCCCGGCCUUCACAAGGGGUCUUGGCAUACACUUGCCAAUCUUUUCAAGUCUCACAAUGGCCAGGCUACUGUGCGUAUUUUGCUUGAUAUCCUCCGAAAUUUAUCAUCAGAUUCUUCCAACGACAGAGACACCAGCAGGGAAAUUCGUGGUGCACUUGCGGUACUUCAAAAGCUUCUGGCUAAGAGCACAGAUAAAGGAUACCCAACUGUUCCGUAUGCCCUGCUGGUUGACGGUUUGGCAAACGCUUUGAAGGCGUCAAAUUCUACAAGGGUAUACGGGUCUAUCAUACAGAUUCUCAACGCUUUAUUCGACGAUGGAGCUGGUCAACUGCACAAGCUACUUAUUGAUGAAGAUUGGUCCAUUGCCCUGCGCGUGUGCGCCCAGUGCUACACUCGUGUCACUGCGGCUGUCGGCGAUAAAACUGCCAAGGAAGAAUCUGCUGAAGAAUUUCUUGUCGCCGAGUUGACAACUCUAAUUGCGCGUCUUGAUCUUUUGAUGAACCAAAAGACGGCCAACUAUAUUCCCCGUCAGACAAUUGUCAACUUUUUUACACAAGCUCCAGAGCUGCUUCCCAAUGCCACUGCGAUAACGGUCCUCAACUAUUUCCAAGAGUUUAGGUGUUGUUCGCCGUCCGACUUGGACUGGGAGGAAAACAUUUCUUUGGUACUAAACGCCUUCUUUCUUAACCGCAAGCGACCUUCCAAGACGCGUCUCAUCGCGUUGAGCACAAUCAUGGACGCAUAUGAUGUCGUGGAACUUGUCGGUGAUGGAGCCGAGCAGAACUUUAUUCCUCGGCUUACCAAGCGAAUCAUUCAAGACGUUGCAGAGGAAAAUGAUAUUCCUGUCCUCAAUGCCAUCAUGGCAUUCAUCAUUUCUGUGGCCAAAUCUUGCGAUAUGGAACUAUUCAACUACAUCAUGGACAUCCUCAAAGGUAUUGUUCCUAAUGACAGGCUCAUGUCGCCAGUCCUUGGUUCCGCUCCCACAAUCCCCAGUAUCGCAGGUGACGCUGAAAAGCGCGAUCUGUUGUCCUACGAAUCGCCGUCCAACACUGUGACCCGAGCCUAUGUCACCAUGUUUCUGCAGUUGAUGAAUUCUCACCAGGAUAAAAGCGUUGCUCUUCUCAACGUCCUGAUUAACAUUGCCAAAUCCGCCCACUGCGAGGUUGACGCGCGGUUAUGUGCCAUGAAGCUGCUAUUCAGACUUCGUGCAGACUGGGCGUAUAGAAUAUAUGUCACCGACGAUUUAGAUGUCGACUUUUUAGCGUCUUCGAUAUGUCGCACAGAGGCAGCUCUAGCCAAGAAAAAGACCGAGGAGGCCGCGGAGACGAUGCGGCCUUCUCGAAACGAUCAUGGAGUUCAGGUUCGCCCAUCCAGAGGCGUCUCAUUCAGCCACAGCGAGCGAGGCAUACCUGUUCGAGCAGCAAGUGGCACGAGCGUCAGAGCAACUGCCAAGCACCAGCAGCUGUGGCAGUAUCCCGACCCCAAGGCCUUGCCCUGCCAAGCUCCGACGGCAAUAAGUCCCAUAUUACUGUCUCAUGUAGAGCAGGAUACUUCGGCGGAUUCAUCUUCCUCGGGCUCAUCAACACCUACUACAACCCACUCACCGGACAUUUCUGCCUGGCUUGAUGGUAUCCUGGCUAUACUUCAGGGUGCAGACUGGGAAAUCUAUAGCUUCGUGCUGGUACACCUGCCACUGCAGUUGAGCAACCACGCCCUCUUUCAAAGUGCAGUCUCGCAAAUCCAAGAGCUCCGCAAGGUAGUUUGUGAUCAUUUGCGCACAAAUACGCUUCCAGAGCCUCCGAACAUUCAUGGCCUCAGAAAGGCAGAUGUAGCCAUUUGUCUAUAUCAGAGUUUGACAGUGAUUCUGAGCUAUCAUGAAUAUUUUCAAAAGUCAGACGAGGACGAAAUUGUCAAGACUUUUGCGCAGGGUAUUUCAGGGUGGGAACGCUCUGCCAAAGCAUGCAUCCACGCACUCUCUAUCUGCUGCCAUGAACUUCCACUAUCCAUGAGCAAGUCUCUGGUCCAAAUUUUGACGCAGAUGGCGCAAAUCAUUACACAGCCUCAUGUUUCGGUCCAUAUUUUGGAGUUUCUCUCAUGCUUGAGCCGAAUGCACAACGUUUAUGUCAACUUUAGAGAAGAAGAAUUUCGCACUGUUUUCGGCAUCUGUUUUCGAUACCUUGAUUACGCGAGAGAAAAGCGGCAUUCCAACCGAAGCAGCAGAACCAGCGAGGUGUCGACGCCGGUGACACCGCAAUCUGGUCAUCCCGAGAGCAGCCACAAUCCUCCAUCGGACGACUUGCCACAAUACGUGCAUGCCAUUGCUUAUCAUGCAAUCAUCUUUUGGUUCCUGGCCCUAAAACUCCCCGAUAGAGCCAACCAUGUAUCGUGGAUCGUUCGAAAACUGUUUACCGAUGUGGACGGCCCUGCGCAACAAGUUGAAGAACAAGCCAUCACUUCUGUCGACUUUAUGCAGCGUGUUACGUAUGCUGAUGCGGACGAAUCUGCCAAGGACCCGUACUUUACGGAAGACCGGUUUGGCCAGAUUGGAAAGAAGCGUUGGCUCAUUGGAAAUAGCAUCGUUACCGUGAAACAAGCCACACUCACCGGCUGGGCGCACAUCGUUAAGCGGCAACCGUCAGGUACUUCAGCCUAUACAAUUCGUGAAGCCUAUCGGCCGCCGCCGCUGCAUCAAAUUGAGAAUCACUUGGACAUUGCCAGAGAAGGCCAGUCAACGAGCCAUGCGAUAAUGCCCAACCACAUCCUAGUGCAGCUCCUGUCACCCAUCCCGCAGAGCUUCGAUGCUGCACGACCUAUUGCAUUACCUGAUGACGAUGCCGUCGAUCGAGCUAUUCGUGUCUUUGAUCGAAGCUCCAGUCUUGAUGGGCACAAGGUCGGCGUCAUUUACAUCGGCGAGGGUCAGACGGACGAGGCUGAAAUUCUGGCCAACGUGUCUGGAAGCAGCGAUUACAUUGAGUUUCUCAACAAUUUGGGCACCCUGACCAGACUGAGGGGGGCCACGUUCAAUACUCAAGGGUUGGACCGCGAAUAUGACACGGACGGCGAGUACACAUUCUGCUGGCGUGAUAGAGUGACUGAGAUUGUGUUUCACGUCACAACGCAAAUGCCAACCAACCUCGAGCGGGACCCUUCGUGUACCCUAAAGAAGCGGCACAUUGGUAAUGACUUUGUCAACAUCAUUUUCAACGACUCUGGCAAUCCGUUCAGAUUUGACACGUUCCCAAGCCAGUUUAACUUUGUCAACAUUGUGAUCACCCCAGCCUCGCGAGCGUCCUUUAUCGUCCGGAGAGAGACCAAGCCUGAGGCGGAGUCGGCUCAGCCAUUCUACAUGGUCAAGGUCAUGAGCAAGCCGGGCUUUCCGCCAAUCUCGCCAGCGUCAGAGACCAAGAUGGUAUCGUUGAGAGCACUACCCGGUUUUAUUCGACUGCUGGCUCUGAAUGCGACCAUGUUCGCCAUGGUAUGGCAUAGUCAGGAAGGCGGAGAGCACAUCUCGUCUUGGACCAGUCGUCUCCGCGAAAUUAAACGUCUGCGGGAACGGUAUGGAACCAAGAACGCGACCGUCGCGUCGUCGCCUCCUGGGACGUCCUUGUCAGGUGGUCCAGCUCUAGGACCUGGAGAUGCCUCACGGCCUGGCAGUAGCGUACGAGACAGUCUCAACAGUCUUCGUCGCACCAGCGUGGCAACGUUUUUUACCAACACCAGCGAACAGACUUCUCACCGGUCGUCUGUGUUGUCUACGUCUACCACUACGAACGACACGGAGGUUGGUUUCUUGACCAAUCCCGCCUGUUCUGUUGUGGAUUCUGUAGAUUUCACGAAAUGGGCCUCUUGA